UGGGGGAAAAAAAAGACAGCUUAUGUUAUUGAUACAAGUAGUAUCACAUCUCAACAUAGCUAUGAAUGUCUUUGAUGAGAAUAAAAAUCGUUUGUAGCACAAUUAAAAUAAUGGUCUCAUUUUCCUUGAAAAAUUCUAUCCAUUAGGCAAUACCUAAGCAGAAAGGUUCAACAAUGAAUUGAUGACAAAUAAAACAACAACAACGUUAAAGGUACCUGCUACACAAGGAAUCAAUAGUCACUGCAUUAAAUGCUAGGACAGGACAGUACCAACAACAUAUCAGUAUACGAGCUGCUAGUGAUUCUGUUUCAAUCAGUUUUUUUCCGCGGAUAAUGAAGGGUCGCUGGUAUGAUUAUUAGUAAAGAUGGUAGGAUAACAUGGGGAAACGUGCCAGUAAACUAAGCUCAACCGAAGUCAAGGAUCUAAUGGGAUGUACCUACUUCAACAAAGGAGAGUUACAGCACUGGUACAGAGAUUUUCUGAGAGAAUGUCCAAAUGGGGCACUAAAACAAGAGGAAUUUGAAUCUAUUUACCAGCAGUUUUUCCCGCAUGGAAGUCCCAAGAAGUUUGCCUCAUAUGUGUUUAAUAUAUUUGAUACAAAUAAGGAUGGUAUGAUAUCAUUUAAAGAGUUUAUUUGUGCCUUGUCUAUAACCUCUAGAGGAACACUUGAUGAAAAACUAGAUUGGGCGUUUAGCCUAUAUGAUGUUGACAAUGAUGGGUUUAUCACUCGUACAGAAAUGAUCGACAUUAUUGAUGCUAUUUAUAGCAUGGUCGGUAACCUAAUCGACUUGCCUAAAGAUGAAGACACACCGGAGAAACGGGCCAACAAAAUAUUUCAACAAAUGGAUAUGAAUCGAGAUGGAAUGCUGUCAAAAGACGAGUUCAGAGAGGGAUCUAAGAGUGACCCUUGGAUCGUGCAAGCCCUUACAAUUGACACAGGACCACAUAUCCACAGCUGACAGCAUUGCAAUCUCAUUCAGACAUGUAAACUUAAUGCUGAUUGGUUGAAUUGUAAAGUAGAAUGAAUUUGAUUGGUUACACAAUUUCGAAUUUAGAUUAAGAUCAUUGUAUUGGAUUAUCUGAUUGGCUCUCAUCAUUUUUAGCUGAUUUUGAAUAAAGAAGGUUGGAUUUGAUUAGCUAAUUUUAAAUAGAAAUAGUCUAUAAAAGUUUCUUAAAUAAGUAUAAUGAAAUUGUAACUGUAUUAUGUUAAGAUAUUUGCCUAUAUUACCCAGAUUUUUAUCAAU